GCGCUUUUAAAUGUCCCGAUAAAAUACGUCACUCCACUGCAGCGUCCUCCACAAACCAUCAACCGUCAACUUGUCAUGCAGUCGGCUUGACUGAACAACAACCAAUUGCGCACAAUCGAAAUCUGCCAACAUGGACAGCUUGGAAGACUUUGAGAAGCAGCUCGCUGCGGAAAGGGCGGAGCGUGAGCGCGCCAAGGAAAAGGAAGAACGACGCAAGCACAAACAUCAUCAUCGCCGCGACAGAUCAUCAGACCGCGACCGCGACCGAGAUCGCGAACGAGAUGGAACUAGGGAUAAGGACAGGGAGAGAGACAAAGACAGACACAGAGAGAGGGACAGUGACCGCCACCGAUCACAUCGAUCUCGAGACGACGACGAGGAAGACGACAAGGAUGGACACCGACACAAGCGAUCGCGCCAUUCGCGUGAUGAUGACCGCCACGAAGAGGAAUCGCGACACCGUCACAGACACAGGGACCGGUCGAGAGACAGGGACAGAGACAGGGACAGGGACAGGGACAGGGAGCACAGAAGUGAACGUAGACACAACACCAAGGACACCAAAGACCUCAAACCAACAGACGCCAAAGAGGACCUGCCCUUGCCGGACGAGGAGAAGGCCCCCAUGGACGUUGACAAGCCAGCACUUGUUCGCGACUCUUGGAUGACAACACCAUCUGCUAUAGAUGUCGAUUACGUUCAACGAGGCAGAAAGAGAAGCCCAUCGCCAAAGAAGGAAGAGCCGAAACGGGUUCUGCACGAGAGGGAGGUCAACAGAGGGUUAGCUGAUAUGGAGAACUGGUCCUUGCCGGUUGAGCGGGGUGUUGAGAGGGGGGAAGAACCUCCACGAAAGCGAGUGGUCAACUACACAUUUUGUGACGAAGGAUCACAAUGGCGAAUGACCAAGCUGAAGGCAGUCUACACAACGGCGGAACAGACGGGCAAGUCGGUUGAGGAGGUCGCCAUCGAGCGUUUCGGAAGCCUGGAAGAAUUCGAUGAGGCCAGGGAGGAGAAGAUUGAGGUGGACCGGAGGAAGCUCUACGGCGAGGGCUACGCUGGCAAAGAGAAGCCAACAGGCGAGUUACACGCAGAACGCAUGGCAAAGACGCGCUUCCAGCAACCCGGAUCCCCUAAUCGCGACGACUCACCGCCGCCCACACAAGGCCUUGUCAUUGAGGAUCAACUACAAAAGGCGCCUCCCAUCGACCAAUCGACCCUCAACCGCAUGCGCGCCGUCCUUAUGAAAGCUAAGCUCCGCAAGGCACCCGAAGCCGCCAAGCUCGAGGAAGAAUACGACGCCGCCAUGGCCGCCUUCCAAGCCGGCAACGCCUUCCAAGCAGGCAGCGUCUCCGGCGCCGCCGUCGUCCUCGACGCCUCACACAACCGCAUGCUAGCCGGGCCUCGCGGCGAGGUCGUAGCGGUAACCAACACCAAGCGGGGCCGCGAGCGGGGCACCGUGAUCGAAAACGAAGACAUGAGCAUCGACGACAUGGUGCGCGAAGAGCGGCGCACGCGCGGCCAAGCCGGCGGCGAAGGCCUCCGCCUAGCCGAGCGCAUCGCCAAAGACGCCAAGUUCGACAACGACCUCGAGUACCUAGACGAAAACGCGGCCAAGCUGGCCAAGCGCGUGCACAAGAACGAGGCUUCGCUCAAGAACGUGGCCGUGGCCGAGUACAGGAAACUCAACCGGAUCCUGGAUACCUGUCCGCUCUGCCACCACGAAGAGCAACCCCCUCCCAAGAACCUGCCCGUGGCGCCCAUCAUCUCCCUCGCCACGCGCGUCUACCUGACCCUCCCGACCUCCCCCGAACUAACCGGCGCCGAAGGCGGCGCCUUAAUCGUCCCCAUCAGCCACCGCACCAACUUGCUCGAGUGCGACGACGACGAGUGGGAAGAAAUCCGCAAUUUCCAAAAGUCGCUCACGCGCCUCUACCACGAGCAAGGCCGCGAGGUGCUCUUCUACGAGAACGCGGCCGCUCCCGGACGGCGUUUGCACGCCGCCAUGGUGGCCGUCCCCAUGCCCUGGGACCUGGGCGAUACCGCGCCCGCCUUCUUCCGGGAGGCGAUGCUCUCGGCGGAUGACGAGUGGGCGCAGCAUAAGAAGGUGAUUGAUACGGGCAAGGCGGCACGCGAGGGCGGGAUGGGCAAAUUGGCGUUUAGGAGGAGUAUCGCGAAGGAGAUGCCGUAUUUUCAUGUGUGGUUUAAUUUGGAUGGGGGGUUGGGGCAUGUGGUGGAGAAUUCGGAGCGGUGGCCCAAGGGAGAUUUGUUUGCGAGGGAGAUCAUUGGGGGGAUGUUGGAUGCUGAGCCGGAUGUGAUUAAGAGGCAGGGGAGGUGGUCGAGGGGGGAUGAGCGGGUUGAUGGGUUUAAGAAGAGGUGGAGGAAGUUUGACUGGACGAGGGUGUUGACUGAGGGGGGUUGUUGAUCAUGCCUUUCGGUGGUGGUUUUGAUCAGUACUCUCUGUCCAUCCAUUUUAUGGAAUAUUGGUAUCGAAAGACUCAAGGGUAUAACCGACAUGGAAUCCAUCUAAAUCCUAAACUAAAGGCACAAAGCGUUCUGCACCGAGCUCCCUUCAAGCCUCGGGGUAUCUUCAUAUCGCAACAUGUACUUCCAAUACAACAAACAUACUGUGCUCAACCGAACAGGUAUUAGUUUCAACAUUUUAUCGUGUUUUUGUUCGCUUUUAACCAGAAAAUCGCCCCGCUACAUUAAUGCCAUGGAUCC